AGAAAGAUUCCUGUCACUACGCCAAAGAUCUGAUGAUGGAUCUGGUGAUGACCUACCACCGACCAAGCUCAUUUUUGUUUGUUCUGUUGUUCUUGAUCCAAAACAACAACAACGAAAACAAGAUACCGGUUUGGGAGAGUUCUAUUGACCUUCACCACCAUGCCUGGACUCGUCCAUGUUUGUAGGCUCUGCAAGAAUCACCGCUCAGCUCACAAGAUCAAGUACCGUUGCGGCACCAGAAUUGAGCGAAGAUUUCCGGAUGGUGUGUGGUAUCCUGGAGUCAUUGAAGGCCACGAGGAGAAACAGGAGCACAAAAUCAUCAAUCACAUUCAGUAUGAUGAUGGAGACGCUGAGGAACUCGAAAAUCAGGUGCUGAGGAAGAAAGAUACAGUCAGGAUUCUGACCGAGGUCGGCCACACAUCCAGCAACAAGAAGGCUAGACGCCUGCGCAAGGCGGAGCAGCUUCAAGUGAUUGAGAUUGAUGGCAGUGAUGAUGAGGACCAUGACCCUGUGCCACAAGCUACAUCCUCAGCUGUCAAACAGCAGGAAAAUGGAGAGGCCCCUGAUGAGCAGCCAAGUGGUGGAAAUGUCAUAUCUCCUGUCAAGUCGGAAACUCAACAAGGCCGGGACCAGAGGGCUAGACGCAUGCCCAAGGUGGAGCAGCUUGAAGUGAUUGAGAUUGAUGACAGUGACGAUGAUGAGGACGAUGAACCUGCUACGCCUGUGCCACCAGCUACAGCCUCCACGCCCGCAGCCGUCAAAAAGCAGGAAGAUGGAGAGGCACCUGAUGAGCAGCCAAGUGGUGGAAAUGUCAUAUCUCCUGUCAAGUCGGAAACUCAACAAGGCCGGGACCAGAUAAAUGAAUCUAUGAAAACGGAAGAGCACCAACUAGGCAAUGGCGGAACUACUGCAGCAGGCACAGUGGCAAAGUCUGAGGAGCAACUCCAAGAAGACAAUGAUGACAGUGGAGUAGCCACUGUUGCAAAAACUGAAGAGAGCGAACAUGGCCACACAGAAGAGGGCACAAUUCCUGUUGCGGUCAUCUCAAAUAAUAAGCCAAUCAAAGAGGAUGUUGGCGAUGGUGAAACUUCCAAUAGCCAGGUUGCUGACCCACCUGCUGUUCUUGAUAGUAGAAAAGAAGAUGAUAAUCCUGGAAGAGCCAAUCAACACAAUGCUACUACCCCCGGAAGGGCACAAGCCAGUGGUGAUGGUGAUGCAAAAUCUGUUACUGACAGCUCUGCUAGCAAAGAAGAUUGCAGCACCUCUGGUGAAGAGCAGGAGGACAGUGUCCCAGACAACCAACUCUCCGAGGCACAAGUAAUUCACAAGGAAGUUUUGACUGAUUUAAGGCAAGAUGCAAUGGUCAAGGCAGAGAAAUGCACAUCAAGUAUGUCACCAGAGGAGUUACAAAAACGAGAGCUUUGCUUUCAUAAAUGGAAGCUUGCCAACACAGACCCGGACACCCGAAAAGGUCGUUAUGUUUUCCGCCGUGGAUGUUAUGGGCAGUGCAUUACAAAGAUUCUUGGAGGCAGUGGCAUGGAUCCUUGGCCAAUUGUCAAGAACCCACCCAAUGUCAACACUAAACGUGCCAUUGUUGAUUGGGAGGUCAAUCCAUUUAUCAAACCAGGAGAGUACUAUGUGGCAGGGAAUGAAGCCUUUAAUCCUUUUGGCCCACGUUUUCCAGGAGACCAUGGCUUUGUUAACACGGCGGCCUUUGAAGUGAACCCAGAGCAAGAAGAGUUCCAUGUUUUUGUGGAGUGUGCAGCUGAUGCAACUGGCCGUCUUUGGCAUGGAAACCUGGCAGCCGGUGGAAGGAUGUAUGCUGGUGUCUAUCGCCGAGUGGACGAUGACGACUACAUGGAGAGCAGCAUUCGAUUUGCCUCUGAUGUCGAUCUGAACUUUCACAACAAAUUAUCCAUUGCCGAUUGGUUUGUUACGCGUGCCCACAACCUACACAACAAGAGCCUUGGCCCAAAUGUUAAAGCAAAGCACGUGACAAUGGCCAAACGGCUAAGGGAACAAUAUGGUAAAGAGGAACCUUGGCUCGAUCUGAAACCAAGAGACAGAGAUAACUGGACCUACAUGGCAUACCUAAUGGACACAGACUACACUAUGCACGUUGCACCAGUCAAGUUUGUUCGGUUUGAUGAAGCAUUGUACCAAUCUUUGGUGAAGUUUGAUUGUGCCACAUCACGCGGGGAAUACAGAGGCCACGUCUCCCUUGAAAAAAAUCUGCUGCAAUACUAUUUUUAGCCACCCGAAGUGCAAUGGCAGGAAUAUGUUGAAAUUGAGUUGUUCAACCAGUAAUCUGUGCAUUUUACAUCGAACUCCUACUAGUAGUUGGAUCCUUUGGAGUAUGUAGAUGGUUGUCUCGCGAUUCCUUGCCAUACAAGGAUAAUCUGAAAGGCAAGGUAGGGUUACAAGUAGCUCGAGCUUGAAUAAGUCGACUAACGAAUGGCAAUGAUAAGAAGUCCUUCCG